AUGUCUCAAGGAACUCUCUACUACAGCGAAAAAACUCCUCGUGGUUCUUUUCCAAAGGCCUUAAUUGAUUACUUGAAAAUCGAUGUUGCUGCAAAGACCACCGAUGCUCCAGAAUUUGCUGCAAACUUCCCAUUGAAAAAGAUUCCAGCUUUCAUUGGUCCCAAGGGUUUCAAAUUAACUGAAGUCAUUGCCAUUAUUCUUUACUUUGUCUCUUUAUCGGAUCCAAAAUCUCCAUUAUUAGGUAAAAACUCACAAGAAUACUGUCAAAUUAUUAGAUGGUUAUCUUUUAUCAAUUCCGAUGUUAUCUCUGAGAUUACAAAGGCCAUUAUUCCAUUAUUCCCUCAAUCUAGUGUCCCAUACAACAAAAAGGCUGUUGACAUUGCUAAUGCCACUUCUGAAAGAUAUAUCGAUAUUUUAGAAAAGAGACUUGCUGACUACACCUACUUAGUCUCUGAAAGAGUUACUUUGGCUGAUUUAUUUGUUGCUGCUGCUCUCACUUUCCCUUUUACUUUUAUUUGGGGUAAUGAAUGGCUUGUUGCUCAUCCAAAUAUCAGCAGAUGGUGGAAAACUGUUAUUCACCAUCCAGCUUUAGAACCAAUUUAUGGUAACUUCAAACCAGUUGAAAAACCACUUGAAUAUGUUCCACCAAAGAAAGAAAAAAAACAAAAACAACAACAACAACAACAGCCUAAGAAACAAGAAAAGAAAGCUGAAAAACCACAAGCUGCUGUUGAACCACCUCAACAAACUAAAAAACCAAAACACCCAUUAGAAGCCUUAGGUAAAUCUACAAUUCCAUUAGAUGAAUGGAAACGUGUUUAUUCUAAUGAAGAAACUAGAGAAGCUGCUUUACCAUACUUUUGGGACAAGUUUUUCAACCCUGAAGAAUGGUCCUUAUGGAAAGUUGGUUAUAAAUAUAAUGAUGAAUUGACUUUAACUUUCAUGUCAAAUAAUUUGGUUGGUGGUUUUUUUAACAGAUUAUCUGGUUCCACCAAAUUCUUAUUUGGUUGUUUAGUUGUUUAUGGUGAAAAUAAUGACAAUGGUAUUGUUGGUGCUUUCUUAGUUAGAGGUCAAGAGUUUCAACCAGCCUUUGAUGUUGCUCCAGACUGGGAAUCUUAUAGUUAUGAGAAAUUAGAUUCUUCCUUACCAGAAACUAAAGAUUUCGUUAACAACAUGUGGGCUUGGGAUCAACCAGUUGUUGUUGCUGACAAAAAUAGAGAAAUUGCUGAUGGUAAAGUCUUCAAAUAA